AUGAUUGAUUCGGGCGUAGAUCAGCGAUGUCCCGGCUCAGGCGAUGAGUCAUCUAAUUUGCGUCUUGCCUCUCCGCCACGGUCUUCCCCUCCGCCUUCCACCCUCUUUCCUCUCCUGGUGGUUCUUUGUAUGACAACUGAGGCAUCUGCCGCCUUCGUGUGGCAACCACCGCUGGUGAGAUCUUCCGGCGUUUCAAGACGAUUGGAAGUGUACCCAAGGACAAGCAGCCUGUCAGCGCUCCCUGUGUCACUGAGCAAUCUUCACAUCCAGCGCGGUGCACUGGAGGCGUCGAGCAAGGUAUAACUGAUGGGUUUGAAUACCAACGGGCCUAUGCAUUGCCUCUUCAGGCGGUACUCGAGUUGCUCGCUCUCAUCGGCAUUGGCGCAGCCAAGAGGGAUGAUCUGGACCAAGCGGCCCGAUCCGUCCUCUCCAAGCUCGUUCGCAAUGUCAAUAAUUGAGUCUGGCACUAAUUCACGAAAAGGAGGCCAGGGAAUCUGUUGUCGCAAUGCAAUGUAUUCCAGGUGUUCCAGCCUGCCUUCCUGUGCACGUCCAUCGCGGCCACCCUCGCGUCCCCUGCGGCGAGAGUCCGAGACCUCCUCCCACUCCCGUUCUUCUGCGCCUCGCAGAUAAUUCUGGUAGGUCUGUCCAAACACAGACAUACAUACAUGUGCAUGCAUUGGUGCGGUCAGGGCUCAUUCGUGGGCGAAGCUCUCCUGCGCAUACUGAGGAUAUCUCCGAAGGUUGGCGCGUCUGGUCAGUGUUUGCAUGGACAUUCAGCUGUUCUGUCCCAUGCAAAUGCUCAGUCUCAAAGUGGCCGUCGCUUGAAGAUGCUGUGCUCGUUCUCCAAUGCUGGACGUGAGAUGAAACAUGAGCAGGCACAGAACACUAACAUCGCUGUGCCUUUUCUGUUCGUCUGUUGGCGUCCCAUGUACUCUGUGUAAAGCGCUCCCAAUACUGUUCACGUGAGGCGAGCACGGUAGCUACAGGACACCAACACCGCUGCACUUUUUCUGUUUUGGCAUCGACAGGAAUGCGCUGUUCCGUGACCACCCCGAUCCCAGUGUCAUGGCGAAGGUCAACAGCUAUAUCGCGUUCUACCUGACUGUACAGGCGCCCAUGAUGUGGUCGUACGGCUACUCCAUCCUCGCAGGAAUGCCCACUCGACCUGUCAAGCACCAUGUAUGGAGCGCUACACUGGGCACGGUGCAUGACACUUCACAUGUCACUAUGCUGGUUGGUUUGGUCUGCAGGUUGACGAAGAUGACCCGCAAUGGGCAGACGCAUUUGCCGAUUGGGGCAUGUCACCAUCUCUAGAACAGGUUCCUCCCCCUCCCCGUCCUGCGCCGCCACCCUUUCCCCGAUCCCUCUUUCUACAAGUGCGACGGACGGUCAAGCAGCUUUGGCUUCACCCUUUUCGGCCCCGGCUCCUCUCCCCAGCUGUCAUAUCGUGCCUUGCGGGCAUUGUCAUUGGCACCUCGCCCCUGCUGCGACAGAUGCUAGUGGCUCCAGGCGCGCCCCUGACGUUCAUAUGGGGCGCCCUUCAGAUCCUUGGCCAGGUCAGCCGCUCUGUCUUCUCUCUGUAUCUGUCGCUCUAUGUUUCUCACUGAGUCUCUCUGUGUUUCUCACUGUUUCUCACCUGGCCAGGGGUUCAGGUGAGACGCUCUCUCACUGAUUCCACGCACACCUGUAUCCGCUUUCACUGAUGGCGCCGUAUGUUGUUCAGACCCGCAGCGGCCCUUGUGCUGGCAGGAAGCUUCGUCACGCGUAUGAGGGGAGAAGGGGAGAAGAAAUGCCCGACAUGCAUUGGCGCACUCCCGACCUCUCUGUGUGCCCUUACCCCCUUUGUCGCAGCGAGUGGAGGAGAGUCUGACACUGUCAUUUCACUGAGAAACUUCAGGAGGGUGCUUCCCGUUGCCUUUGCCCGGUUCGUCUGUGCUCCCACUAUAGCAUUUACCUUACUCACGAUCGGAAGGUGGGAUUGACAUGGCCAUCUUUCCAGUCAAUUGCAGUGUCUUGACCUGUGUGUGUCCCCAGGCGGUUGGGUCUGAUAAUGAACGACCCAUUCUUGUGGUUCGUGUUGCUGAUGCAGGGGUGCAUGCCCGCCGCGCAGCAGUCCGUCGUGAUAUUGCAGCUCGAGAAUCAGCCGCAGGCUGCGACGGUCAUGGCUAAGACUCUUACUCUGCUGUAUUCUUUGGGUGUGAUUCCCGUAGCCCUCCUUAUUAGCUUGGUGCGUGGAUACACGGGUGUUUGA